UGCAAAGGGUCGUCCAAGCCCAAAUCACAACCUCUACCCCUCUACCUCCCACAGCCCGAAAACUGGCGGGAGCCCAGAAAGGCGGCCCGGCCUGAUUAGGCCGGUGAAGUCAAAAAGUGCUGCAACUCCAAGCAACUUUCCCCACCGUGCUCAGCCUCAGUCCGAACCAAAACCGGACAACAAAAUUGAGAGAAGAGAGAUUGCUUCGUCAGUACCUACGGUCUCUUCUUCGUUUUCAAUCUUAGUUUCAAUUUCGAUCUCAAUUUGGCACCACAUCUUCCUGGAUCCCUAUACAAAAGAGGAAGUUUGGGGUGAGGUAGUUUGCUAAUGAUGGAGUCUUGCGACUGUAUUGAUCCCCCAUGGCCAGGGGAUGAACUGCUAAUGAAGUACCAAUACAUUUCAGAUUUCUUUAUUGCACUUGCUUAUUUUUCCAUCCCUCUAGAGCUGAUCUACUUUGUUAAGAAAUCUGCAGUGUUUCCCUAUAGAUGGGUGCUUGUGCAGUUUGGUGCUUUUAUUGUCCUAUGUGGAGCAACGCAUCUUAUUAACUUGUGGACUUUUGGAAUGCAUUCGAGAAAUGUUGAAGUAGUUAUGACCACUGCAAAGGUUUUGACUGCUGUGGUGUCUUGUGUAACUGCCCUAAUGCUGGUUCACAUUAUUCCUGAUCUACUGAGUGUGAAGACUAGAGAACUAUUUUUGAAAAACAAAGCUGCUGAGCUUGAUCGAGAAAUGGGUCUGAUUCGUACGCAGGAAGAAACAGGGAGGCAUGUUAGAAUGCUGACUCAUGAGAUCAGAAGCACUCUUGAUAGGCAUACUAUACUAAAGACCACGCUUAUAGAGUUAGGUAGAACUUUGUCUCUGGAAGAGUGUGCAUUGUGGAUGCCAACACGUACUGGCUUAGAGCUUCAACUUUCCUACACUCUGCGUCAACAGAAUCCUGUUGGCUUUACCAUACCCAUUCAGCAUCCUGUUAUUAAUCAAGUCUUCAGUAGCAAUCGUGCAGUUAAGAUAUCACCAAAUUGCCCAGUGGCAAGAUUGCGGCCUCUUGCAGGAAAAUACAUGCCUGGGGAGGUUGUUGCUGUGCGUGUACCACUUCUACAUCUCUCUAAUUUCCAAAUCAAUGACUGGCCUGAGCUUUCAACAAAGCGCUAUGCUUUGAUGGUUUUGAUGCUUCCCUCAGACAGUGCAAGGCAAUGGCAUGUUCAUGAACUGGAACUUGUUGAAGUUGUUGCUGACCAGGUGGCAGUGGCUCUUUCACAUGCUGCAAUCUUAGAAGAGUCAAUGAGAGCAAGGGAUCUUCUUAUGGAGCAGAAUGUUGCACUUGACCUAGCCAGGAGAGAAGCAGAAACAGCAGUUCGUGCUCGCAAUGAUUUCUUGGCUGUUAUGAACCAUGAGAUGAGAACACCUAUGCAUGCCAUCAUUGCACUCUCAUCCUUGCUGCAAGAAACUGAGCUGACUCCUGAGCAGCGCCUGAUGGUUGAAGCCAUCCUAAAGAGCAGUAGUCUUUUGGCUACACUCAUAAAUGAUGUACUAGAUCUUUCAAGGCUUGAAGAUGGUAGCCUUCAACUUGAAAAUGGAACUUUUAACCUUCAUGCGUUAUUCAGGGAGGUCCUUUACUUGAUCAAGCCUAUUGCGUCUGUCAAAAAGUUGUUUGUUUCAUCAAGUUUGGCUCCAGACUUGCCUGAAUUUGCUGUUGGUGAUGAAAAACGCCUCAUGCAAAUUAUGUUAAAUGUUGUUGGUAAUGCUGUGAAAUUCUCGAACGAGGGAAACAUCUCAAUUUUUGCUUUUAUUGCAAAAUCAGAAUCUUUAAGAGAUUCUCGCGCGCCAGAUUUUUUCCCAGUGCACAGUGAUAAUCACUUUUAUUUGCGUGUACAGGUUAAGGAUUCAGGAGCAGGAAUUGACCCCCAAGAUAUUUCUAAGCUGUUCACCAAAUUUGCACAAUGUCAAUCACUAGCAGCUAGAAAUUCUGGUGGCAGUGGACUUGGCCUUGCAAUUUGUAAGAGGUUUGUAAAUCUUAUGGGAGGACAUAUUUGGAUAGAAAGUGAAGGGCUUGGAAAGGGAAGCACUGCUGUCUUCAUUGUGAAACUUGGGAUUCCAGAGUACUCAAAUGAAUCUAAGCUCCCUUUUUUUCCUAAAGUGUCAGCAAACCAUUGUCAGACAAAUUUUCCAGGACUCAAAGUUCUUGUUAUGGAUGACAAUGGGGUUAGCAGGUCAGUGACAAAGGGUCUGCUUGUGCACCUGGGAUGUGAUGUAACAACUGUAAGCUCAGCAGAUGACUGCUUGCGGGUUGUUUCUCAGGAACACAAUGUGGUGUUCUUAGAUGUGUGUAUGCCUGGUGUUGAUGGUUAUGAAGUUGCUAUUCGUAUACAUGAAAAAUUUACAACAUGUCGUCAAGGGCCAUUGCUGGUAGCACUUAUGGGAAACACGGAUAGGGUGACAAAGGAGAACUACUUGAGGGUGGGUAUAAAUGGAGUUGUACUGAAACCUGUUUCAGUUGAUAAGAUGAGGUGCGUAUUAUCAGAGGUUCUAGAGCACCGUUUUCUGUUUGAGACCUGUUGAGUUGUAGGGAAUGCUUGCAUGAGAAGCCCAAAAAGGGUGAGUGCUUCUUCAAGCCAAUUUUAGAGUCUGUACAUAACUUAUACGGCAAUGCAGAAAUAUUGUGGAAGAUGUAGUGAUGGUGGUAAUAGUGUAACAUAAUAUGCUACAAGCAGGUUUGUUUAUUCUUCUUGUUCAACUUGUAAAAUGAAAACUCAAAUAAAUGGUAAAUUAACAUAUUGUUUAUCCUCUUCAA